GCUCAGCAUAGGGUCAUGUCCUUAAGAACCUAUGACAUAAAUAACUUGAAAGUUCCAGCCUUGCUAAAUGGAAUGGUCAACACAAUGCAACCAUUAUCAGUUUAUUUAUUGUAUGAAACAUGACGAUGAUUUUAUUUUCGCUAUAAAUCAGGAUCGAGCUUGAGGCUUUAUCUAACGGAAAAGACGGAAAAGACCGAAUGCACGCGAACAUCGAUCGUCGACAAAACUAGGUUAUCUAGCCGGUAAACCAGGGAACACAGGUAAGCUUCAGACAUUUCAGGACACAGUAACGCAGUUGUCAGGUUUGUAGACAGAAUACACUAUAACUAUCAAAGAUGCCAAAAUUAGUUUACUUUCCAGUUAGAGGCCGAGCUGAAGCUAUGCGCACAUUAUUGACAGAUCAAAACGUAACAUAUGAAGAAGUAAAUGCAGGACCCAUAGAAAAUUGGGUAAACAACUGGAAAUCUAAGAUGCAAUUUGGCCAGUGUCCAUGUUACACAGAUGAUGAUGGUUUCCAGCUUGUGCAGUCCAAUGCAAUACUAGCAUAUCUUGGCAGAAAAUAUGAUCUUUAUGGGUCAGACAUUAAGCAAGCAUCAAUAUUAGACAUGAUGAAUUCUGCCGUAGAAGAUAUCAGAGGAGCUUACGUUAGAAUGAUUUAUCAGAACUAUGACGAAGGAAAAGAGCCAUUCAUUAAAGAACUUCCUGAAAAAUUGCAACCAUUUGAGAACCUGCUGAAACCAACCAAGGGUUACAUUCUUGGAGAAAAGAUAUCCUGGGUAGAUUACAAUUUAUUUGAUCUGUUGGACAUACUUACCAUUCUGUCACCUGGAUGUCUAGAUGCUUUCCCAACUGUCAAAGCUUUCUAUGAGCGUGUGUUGGCAAGACCAGGAGUCCAGAAAAGAAGACAAACAGAUCACUUCAAGAAUAUGCCUGUCAAUGGCAAUGGGAAACAAUAAAUCUCUAUAGAGGGAGUUAUAAACAUUCCACUUGCUUGGGAAAACAGGGGUUGUAGCUUUGUAAAUGGCAGAAUUUCUUGUAUGCUUUGUAGAUGGCGAGAACAAUUAGCAAUCUAUUAUAAAUGAUUGAUGAAUGCAAUCAUGUAAAGGAGAAAAAAUUUAAAAAUGAUUAAUUUUCUGUGCAUACAUGGACAUAUUCAAUAUUUCCGAGAAAAGUGCAUUAUUUUUAUUCAGUUGUCUGCACAGGGCAUGCCUGCUUAAUAUUUCCCAAAUUACAUAUUUUUUUAUCAGAGGAUGUACAUGCAGUCAUGCUAGUAUUCAAACUUUCUUUAUAUGCAUGGGAGACUUUAAUUUUUUAUGAUAAAAAUGAACUAGGAAACUUUACUGUAAUAUACUCCACUAACAGAACAAAGAGAUUUAAUUUAACUGUAUUUAUAGUGAGAUGUGCAGUAUUGUUCAGAACAUCAGCAUUAAAGUUUUGAGAUAUC